AGUGGAACAAAGAUGGCGGCAUACUUUACGCAUAGGUCAGCAAAUGCAAGCAACCAUUGAGAUUUUUUUUCCCACAAGCCUUUGCGGGCUGAUAAAUAAUGUAACAGUGCAGUUCUUUCUGUCACUGAAUGAAAGUCUUUCAGGAAUGUUAAAACAUUGCUUAUUAUUUUUCUUAUUAGUCUAGUUCUAACAUAAUUUGUUUAAUACACCAAAAUGCAAGUAAUUAUUGCUUUUCUCUUCUUUGGAGUACAAUUUGCACAUUCCAGACUUGAAAGGGACCCGAGUGUUCCAUGUUACGAUGAAAAGGGUAGACCUCAAAGAUGUCAGCCGCCGUUCGUAAAUGCAGCUUUUGGUCGAGUCGUGGAAGCAACAAACACUUGUGGAGUUCGUAGAGUCACAGAGUAUUGCAUGCAGACUGGUGUUACUGGCGAUCUCAGACAAUGUGCCAAAUGUGACGAUAGCCACCCUGAUACUCGGCACCCGCCUGAGUUCUUAUCGGAUUUUAACAACAAUACCACUAAAUUUACCAGCUGGCAGAGUGAAACUAUGCUAGAAGGAAUACAGUACCCUAAUGUUGUAAACCUUACUUUACACCUCAAGAAAUCAUUUGACAUUACCUACGUCAACCUCAGAUUCCAGUCGCCUCGGCCUGAAAGUUUUGCCAUAUACAAACGUACCACAGAAGAUGGGCCCUGGAUACCCUUCCAGUUCUACAGUGCUUCAUGUGAUAAGACCUACAACCUGCCCCGCCGUGGGCAAAUUCUUCGUGAGGACCAGGCCAUCUGCACCAACGAGUUUAGCGACAUUAGCCCGUUGACUGGAGGCACCGUGGCUUUCAGUACACUUGAAGGACGUCCCAACAUGUUUGACUUUCUGCACAGCCCGAAACUUCAAGAAUGGGUGACAGCAACAGAUAUUAGAAUUGUUUUAACACGUAUGAACACUUUUGGUGAUGAAGUGUUUGGAGACCCUCAAGUCCUGAAGUCUUACUUUUAUGCCAUUUCUGAUUUAUCUGUUGGAGCACGAUGUAAAUGUAAUGGUCAUGCCAGAGAAUGUCGUUCAGUCAGAGGUCAGGAUCUAGAAGAAAGGCUUGAAUGUGUUUGUGAACACUACACUGCAGGAGUGGACUGUGAAAAGUGCUUGCCAUUCUACAAUGACCGUCCAUGGGGUAGAGCUACAGAGACCAAUGUUAAUGAAUGUGUUGCUUGUGACUGCAAUGGUCUGUCUGAGACUUGUGAGUUUGAUCCAGAACUGUUCAGGUUGACAGGCAGUGGUGGCCGCUGUACCAACUGUAGAGACAAUACUGAUGGUGUCCACUGUGAGUUAUGUGAGGCCAACUACUACAGGAGAGAGAACCAGUGUAUCAGUUGCGGAUGUCACCCUACAGGCUCCAGACACUCACAGUGUGACAGUAAUGGACAGUGCCCAUGUAAACCUGGUGUUGGUGGGAUGAGAUGUGAUCGCUGUCUUCCAAACUUUUAUGAUUAUGGAGAGAAUGGAUGCACACCUUGUGCAUGUUUCCCUGCUGGCAGUCUAAACAAUGAACCUCGAUGUGACUCUAGGACUGGACACUGUAUGUGUAAACAGAAUGUGGAUGGUAGACAAUGUGAUAAGUGUAAGCCUGGAUUUUUUGGCCUGAGUGAAAGAGAUCCUUUUGGUUGUAUGUCCUGUUUCUGCUAUGGUCAUUCUUCUGAAUGUACAUCAGCUUCAGACUACUUUGCUUACAACAUUACAUCAACUUUUGAUACAGGUAACCAAAGGUGGACUGGUGUGACCAGGAGUAACAGAGAAGUAGAGACCCAGUAUAAUGGUAUUACACAAAACCUGGGUGUUUCUUCAGAUUCUCGAGAAGCAGUUUAUUUUUCAGCACCAGCCAGAUAUCUUGGAGACCAAAGGUUCAGUUACAACCAGUUCCUUACCUUUGACCUUCGACUUGGAGAUGACACAUACACAGCCUCUGCAGUUGAUAUUAUAUUUGAAGGCUCAGAGAAGUCUGUUUCCACACAUAUUUUUGCUCAAGGCAACCCUUACCCUGGGUCAACAGUCAAGUCCUAUGCCUUCAGGCUCCAUGAGAACUCCAUCUACUCCUUUACUCCUCCAAACCUCAAGUCCACAGAUUUCAUAGCUAUUUUGUCCAAUCUGACAGCUAUCAAGAUAAGAGCCACUUACAUGCCUAAAGGUGUUGGUUUUAUCGAUAACAUCCAGCUGGGCUCGGCAAGGCAGAGCUUCCAGGGUGGUAGUGAAGCCACAUGGGUCGAGUCCUGCACAUGUCCACAGGGCUACAUCGGUCAGUUCUGUGAGUCAUGUAUACAAGGUUAUAAGAGGGAACCAGCCAAUGGUGGCACUUUUGCUAGAUGUGUGCCUUGUGAGUGUAAUGGGCACUCAGACAGUUGUGAUGCUAACACUGGUCGCUGUAUCUGUCAGCACAACACAGAGGGGAACAAUUGUGAGAACUGUGCCAGAGGUUACUAUGGUGAUGCUACUAAAGGAACCCCAGGAGACUGCACUCCAUGCCCAUGCCCCAAUGGUGGACCUUGUAUACAGAUCAUGAAUGGAGAUGUUGUGUGUACUGAGUGUGAUGAGGGCUAUGGAGGUAACUUGUGUGAGUUGUGUUUGGAUGGUUACUUUGGUGACCCACAGGGUCUUGUGACUGGGAGACGCAGCGAUUGCAGAAAGUGUACAUGUAACGGAAACAUAGAUCCUAAUGCUGUAAAUAAUUGUAAUACAACCACGGGAGAGUGCUUGAAGUGUAUUCGUAACACAGGUGGAUUUUACUGUGACCAGUGCUUACCUGAUUUUUACAACAACACUUAUGGCCUGUGUACUGCCUGUAACUGUAAUCCUAGUGGCACUGUCAGUCAACCAGGCACUAGUGGCUGUAACCAAAAAACUGGCCAGUGUCUAUGUUUGCCAAAGGUUGUGGGUCAGCAAUGUGAGCGUUGUGAAAUUGGUUACUGGAACAUUGCCACGGGUCAAGGCUGUUCACCAUGUCAGUGUGACAUUGUUGGUUCCCUUAAUUAUACUUGUGAUGAAACUUAUGGGCUAUGUCAAUGUAAACCUGGAGUGUCUGGCCGGACAUGUAACCAAUGUGACAAGAACUACUAUGGCUUUUCAUUCUCUGGUUGCACAGAGUGUAUGUGUGACCCAAUCGGAUCACUUGACCAGCAGUGUGAUGCAAAUGGCAACUGUCCAUGUAAGACUAAUGUAGAUGGCAGACGAUGUGAUAGAUGUAUGGAGAACAAGUAUGAUUUAUCAGCUGGAUGUUUAGAUUGUCUCCAGUGUUACAAUUUGGUCCAGAAACAGGUCAGCACUCACAGGGCCAACCUCAGAGAUUUGAAGCUCCUCAUUGAGCAGACCUCAAACAAUCCUGGUUUGUUCAAUGACUCCCAGUUCUUUGCCCGUCUUUCUGAAGUCAACUCAUCCAUAACUAAUCUACUUCAGGAGGCUAAGGGACUCUCAGUUGGUGAUGGUGCUGUUGGAAAGGAGCUGGAAGCUCUAAAGUUAGCUUUGUCUGAUGUGCUGAACAAAUGUGGUGAAAUAGGUCGUAACAUUGCCACUGCUUCUAAGGCCACCCAAGAUAGUGAAAUAGAUAUUGAGCAAGCAGAGAAGGCUAUUGAGAGAGCAGACUUGGCCCUAAAGAAUGCUGAAAAGUUCAUUGCGGUGGAAGGACAGGCUGCUCUUGAUAGAGCAGUAGAUGCUCUAGGAAAGUUUGGAACAAGCUCUCAGCAAAUGACAGAAAUUGCUAAGAGAGCCUCAAAUAAAGCCAAAGAGCAAACAUUGGAAGCUCAAAUGAUUGAUAACUUAUCCAAUCAUGCAUUAGCCACCUCAAAGGAGGCCUACAGAUUAGCCAAUGAGUCCCUCAAUAUGCCAAUACAAACUAACCAGGAAAUUGAAAAACUGAAGAGAGCGUAUGAUGAUGUGAGUCUAGUUUAUCAGACUACCAAGUUAGCUGCCAAUACAACACUGGUCGGGGCCAUUAAGGCCAAAGAUGAUGUGUUUAGUGUCUUCAACUUAGCCCAGAAUCUGCAGCAAAGUCUGGACUUUGACAUGUGGAAACAGGAAGCAGACAAAGUCAUUGCCAAGGCUAACAUGGUGAAAGCUGAUUCUAAAAUGCUCCUAGAAAAGAACAAAGACUUGAUGGACAGAGUGAACAACCAGUCCAACAUUGUAAAUGACCUUCUGAAACAAGGAAAUGACUUGAAUCAAGUUGUUGCUGAGUAUCUAGCAGAGGUGGAUGGGGCUAAAGCUAUGGCUGUGAAAGCAAUGAAAUGGGCUGAAGAUACAUUGAAGGAGGCCAAUGAGACUCUACAGACCCUAGAAGAGUUUAAUAAGCUGAUUGAGAACAAAGAAGCAGCAGAAAAUGCUUUAAAACAGGUGGAUGCUAUUAAAGCUAAAAUGGAUGAUUCCAAUAGAAUGACCAAUGAGGCCAAAGAUACAUUGCUUCAAGUAGAACAGGAUGUAGACAAUGCUUGGAAAACUGUGCAGAGUGCUAACAGUACAAUUCAUGAGGCUCAGCAGAAGGCACAGAACCUAAAAAAGAAAACAGGAGAGACUAAAACUAAAUCCAAUGAACUCAACAAGAUGGCAGAAGAAUUAUCUGUACAGCAGCAAUCUGCCAAUGACAAAUUAGAUGAACUAGAAAUGCAAGUCAAAGAAGAUCAAACUCAGGCUAAUAAUGCUUUGAAAGAAUCAGACGAAGUCAACCAAAAGGCAGAAGAUGCCUUAAAGCAAAUUUCCACAGCUCAUGAUUUGAUUUUGUCCAUCAACCGUCAGCUGGGUGAAAUAGGUGAAAUAGAUAUAAAUCAGCUGAAUUAUUUAGAGAAACUUUUGGAGGAGGCUGAGAAGAAAUUCAAUGAGUCUAACAUUGAUGUUGAGAUGACCAGACUGCUCCAGAAGACAGAAAUCCUGGACAACCAGGCGAAGCAGUAUGACCUGAACAUUGCAGAGCUUCGCAAGGCUGUUGAAAAUGUUGGAGAGAUCAGUGCUUCUCUCCCAGAUGGCUGUUUCAAAAACAUUGCUUUAGAGACUGGUGUGUAACAUGAAGAUAGACAUGUAUUCCAUCAAACCAAAAGUUUAGCUAUUAUUCAUUGCUAUACAGUGUCCGUGUAUAUACCAUAGGAUAUUUGUGUAAAUGGUUCAAGUGUAUUUAUACAAUGUAUAAUAAGAUGGGUAAUUAUAUUGUUUGCCACAAUGUAUGUCACUGCAAUGAUAGCUUCAAGUCUAGUUUCUAAUACAUAAACUAACAUUUUAGUUCAUUAAAGAGAAAACAAAACAAAAAAAAAAAGAUUUAAUCUUUAAUUUACACAAUAUUUUAAAAUAGUCUCACUUUUUAUCUGAACAUAAUCUUAAUUGUUCUAAUUUUUAGUGUAUACCGUUUAAUCUUUAGUGUAUACCAAAGUGUUAGCUCAUUAGGUUUCAGCCAUGAUUUAUGGAACAAAUGUUAGUAAUCAUUGAUUUAUGUAGGUUUCAUUAUUAUUCAUAAUUCAUACUAAUAAAAAGAACAAGAUCAAUAACAUUCAUAGCAAUCUGGAAUUCAAACAACUUUGAACAAAUUCCACAUCAUUGUGUUCUCUGAAUCAAUUUAUUAAGUUCUGUUCUAUUCAGAAGCAAUCUCAAACUCUAGCUUGCUUAAAGUUAGUACUAUAUAGGAGUUUGUGUUUAUCAUUGGGCAUAUAGUUCUCCACAAUCAAGCCAGUAAUUCUUUUUUUUUUCAUUUGUUUUUUUUUUGUUAAUGUGGUACAUUAUGUGUUGAACAUGUAUUGCAUGUGUAUCCAUGGCUUACAUCCUUCUGUGCUAUUAUGUUUGACCUUGCUAUUACUUAUCUGUCUACAUGUUGAUGUAAAGGAUGGCUACACUCUGUGUUAUAUAGAGUUAUGAAUGUUCAACUUUUUACUGUACAACAUGCAUAUGUGUAUGUUUUAGUUAGCUGAUUUACCAAUCAUAUCAAAACUGGUUGAUUUCUUUGUUUGGUUUCUCUUGUUUCAUAGUCAAAUAUUAAUUGUGGGUAACACAAAAGGUAUGCACUUUUAUUAUCUGUAAGAGAUAAGUUGACCAUCUGUGUAGUAUUGUUUUGUGUACCAAAUGUAUGGCUGUAGUAUUGUUUUAAUUGUUUACCAAAUGUAUGGCUGUAUUCUGUACUUAAUAUAUAGGCAUGUAACACUUAACUCCUUACAUGUAUUCAUGUUUUGAUGCCAACAUUUCAUUAUCUAUACCCUUGGAGUGUUUGAUAUAUAUGUAGAUAAUGUGAAACAAAAACUGCUCAAUAUUAAAGCUAUUCCAGUAAGGUCACUGGGCUAGACAAGAAGUAAAUAUAUGUCUCCUUAACUUCUUGAGGCUUAGAAGAAUGAAUAAGAGUCUAGGUAAAAUGGCAGUCAGAUGCUUCCUUUGAACUGACAAAUUCUAGUCAAAGCUUUUGAUAUGUGAACAUAUUUUGUCGAUUAUUUAUUUUUUUUUGUUGGUGCUGAUUUAAAAAAUUUUGACCUUAAAAAAACAACCAGCAAGUCCAGAGAUCCAGAUAGUGAUUUUAUGGACUAGUUUCAUUGAGUUGCUAGCAAUGAUAGAAAUCCAAUGUGUUGUCUUGGUGACCAACUACUGCUCAUGGUAGACUGUACAUAAACCUGUAGCCAGUUAUAAAGAAGGAAAAUGCAUAAUCAUAUGUUGUAGUCAUUUUAUUGAGUGUGUGCCUGUGGGUCAAUUGGACGUCAUUCAUCAAACUUUUGUUAAAGAUUCACUUUCAAUUAUAUACAUGGCUAUUGAAACAUAUAACUAAUUUUUAUAUACAUAUACAUUGUAUUAUAUUUUUAUAUUGUGCAUGCCUUUUUUAUACCAAAAUAUAGCUCUAUAUUUGAAAGGCC